AUGUGGCUCAAAGUCGUAGGACCCGUCCUGAUCACAGUACUGAUCAGAGCUUCGGCUCUCCAGUAUCCAAUUCAAUGGGGAGCCGAUUUGGUCUUGGAGAGUCCCGACAGCCAUGCGGCGUCCUCUACGAACAAGGAACAGUUCCUUGACAAGCUCGUCGCAGAGAUGAGAAUCGAGGAUUUGGCUUUGCAACUUCAUCUUAUGUUUGCUGGAGACAUUAUCGGGCCUGAACCGGACAAUGGUCUAUGGAAUGCCACCAUGAGUUUCAGUCCUGAAUCGCCAAUUGGAAUGAUGCAUGAUUGGUACCCAAUGAAUGCUACUGAUUACAAUUCCCUCCAACGAGCAAAUCUUGAUCGCUCACGCCUCAAAAUUCCGCUCAUGCAAACGGGCGAAUGUCUGCAUGGUGUUGGCUCUUUCAAACAAUCCAUGUUCCCUCAAAGUAUUGGCUUGUCCGCAAGUUUCGAUGCCGAUCUAGUAUAUCGUGUUGGGCGCGCGAUUGGAACCGAGGCCCGCUCAAUCGGUGUUCACGCUUGCUUUUCGCCUGUACUUGAUCUUGGGUUGGAUCCCAGAUGGGGAAGAUUGCAAGAGGCAUGGGGUGAAGACAAAAUAUUAACUUCGAAAAUGGGAGUCGCUUAUUCUGCAGGACUUUCCAAGAACAACUCCUUGGGCGAGCCAGACGCUGUUGUACCCAUCAUGAAGCACUUUGCAGCACAUGGCUCGCCUCAAUCUGGUCACAACGCAGCGCCAUUCAUGGGCCAUGGUAAUCGACAGGUUCUACAAGAUCUAAUGACACCAUUCAAGGCAGCCAUUGACCUGGGAGGUGUACGAGGCAUCAUGAUGGCAUACAAUGAGUUUGACGAUAUUCCAGCAUCUAUACAUCCAAAGUUAUACAAGACACUCGAGGACUGGGGUUACGAUGGCUUUGUCAUGGCCGAUGACACUGGAAUGAUGCAACUUGAAACUGUGCAUCGGGUAGCAGAAUCUCCACUCGACGCCAUGAAGCAAUGGUUUAAUGCUGGUGGCAUGCUCCAGUUUUAUGACUAUCCCCUUGAUAUAUAUACCAACGCAAUUAAACAAUUGGUCAUCGAUGGAUCUGUCCAUCUGUCAAGGCUGCAAUCGCACGUCCGCAGUAUUCUAAGCGUCAAAUGGGAUCUCGGUCUAUUCAAGGACCCCUACCUGCCACCGGACAUUGAUCCUCGGACUAUUGCUGAAAGGAACGAUCAACUAGUCCUAGAGGCAGCACAGAAGAGUAUCGUUCUUCUUGAGAACAGGGACGCUACGCUGCCAUUGAAGCUCAAGGAAAAUGGAGUCACCAAAAUAGCCCUGAUCGGUCCAUUCUCUGACACGCUCAACCAUGGCGGAUAUUCUGGAACAUGGGGCCAAGUGCCAGCAGGGGCGGCCAAGACGUUGCGCGAAGGCUUGCUCAGCUAUGCAAGAGACAGCAGCCAGCAGGUCGAAAUCACCUCCAGCUGGGGAGUAGACUCGUGGGAGUACCACGCGCAAUACGCGAUUCCUGGAUACUUGCUUUCUUCCGGAGGAGUAUCAGGAGGACUUUGGGCUACCUAUUUUGCCACUACAGACUUUCAGGACGUACGCGCCGAGAGGCUGGAGGUGCCAGCUCAAGACUGGGGUCUGUAUCCGCCAACUGGCCUUCCAUCAACAAACUUUAGCGCUGUGUGGGAAGGCAUUCUCACGUCCCCAGUGGACGCCGAGGUUGACGGCUGGCUCGGAGUGGCCGUGGGACCAAAUACAACGGUCAGGUUGUUUGUCGACGGCGAAAUGAUUUUGAUGCAUGGAAUCAAUGAUCUCUCUUCAGACGGGACAAUAUUGAGCAACAUCAUGGAUUACGCAUACGUACGAGCCAACGCGACGAUACCACCACCUGGUGCGGCGCCUUUCACGUUCCAGAAAGGCGCAACAUACCACAUUCGGAUCGAGUACCAGGCCUUCAACUUACACAAGAAGAUCGCAAAUGUGGUAUCGAUUAACCAUCAGGUCCAGCUUUUUUGGAACCUCGUCGACCGCAAUCAAAAUGGAGUGGGACAGGCGGUGCAACUAGCCAGCGAUUCUGAUCUCAUCAUCCUAGCAGUCGGCGCAGCAUGGAACAGCGAUGGUGAAAAUGGCGACCGGGCGACACUUGGCUUAUCUCCUCAUCAGGAUGUUCUUGCCCGUGAGAUCUUUCGACUAGGCAAGCCCGUGGUGCUGGUCUUGCAGGGAGGCCGACCUUUUGCGAUCCCCGAAUAUUAUGACCAGAGUUCAGCAGUCCUCAGCACAUUCUUCCCCGGGCAGUCGGGAGGUCAGGCAAUCGCCGAUGUCCUUUUUGGAUCCGUGAAUCCUGGAGGACGAUUGCCUGUGACGGUUCCCAAGCAUGUUGGCCAGCUUCCGGUGUACUACAACUACAAGUCUCUUGCUCGAAAGAUUGCAUACUUGGACGUGGAUUCGGAGCCUGCGUAUCCCUUUGGCUACGGAUUAUCGUACACGAAAUUUGAGGUCACAGAGUUUGCCGCUUCUGGCGAGAACUUUUCCAAUGGUCAAUUGAUAAACUUCUCGGCCAAAGUGAAGAAUACUGGGUCAUUGGCUGGCAGCCAUGUCUUACAAGUAUACCUGUUGGGUCGAAUUUCCUCAAUUGUUCAGCCAACACAGCAAUUGGUGGCUUUCGACCGGAUAUAUCUAGAUGCUGGAGAAGAGAAAACGGUGUCGUUGGUGGUGGACGCUGACAGAUACCUCCGCAUUCUGAACCGCUGGGAUCAAUGGGAAUUGGAAAAAGGUCUAUACACUUUUGCUCUGCUGGAACACGGUGGGGGAACUGCCAACACAACCGCAAGUGUGACAUUGCAGUGUGUAUAG